GUUAUAGGGAAGGCUUGCUCCAAUAAGGCCUUCACGGAAAACGUCGGAAUGACCUCUCUCAGGCUUCUCUCUGAUACUGUGAUUGUAUGUACAUAAUUGUCAAUUGUAGAAGCGCGUGAAAUUACGUCCGACACCGUGUUAUUACGUCAAACGCGUAACUAUGAGUUGUGGAUUCGUUACUUGCGGCCCGAAUGAGGCUCUCGUAGUUUCAGGAUGUUGCUACAGCAAACCUCUUUUGGUACCUGGAGGACGGGUGUUUGUUUGGCCUCUUAUGCAACAAGUACAAAAAAUCUCUCUAAAUACAAUGACUUUACAAGUCGAAAGUCCAACGGUAUAUACUUGUCAAGGAGUACCAAUCUCUGUAACAGGCAUAGCACAGGUAAAAAUUCAAGGACAAAAUGAGGAAAUGUUAUCUACGGCAUGUGAACAAUUUCUUGGAAAAUCUGAGGACGAGAUACACAACAUAGCUCUUGUUACUUUAGAAGGACAUCAACGGGCUAUAAUGGGCAGUAUGACUGUAGAGGAAAUUUACAAAGAUCGUAAAAAAUUUAGUAAGGAAGUAUUUGAAGUUGCAAGCAGUGAUCUAGUCAAUAUGGGCAUUACUGUUGUGUCAUAUACAUUAAAAGAUAUCCGAGAUGAAGAAGGGGCAAAGGGUUAUUUGCAAGCACUCGGUAUGGCACGUACAGCAGAAGUAAAGAGAGAUGCUAGAAUAGGUGAGGCGGAGGCUCGCAGAGACGCUCAAAUUAGAGAAGCUAUUGCCGAGGAACAAAGAAUGGCCGCUCGUUUUUUGAAUGAUACAGAGAUUGCAAAAGCACAACGUGACUUCGAAUUGAAAAAGGCUGCAUAUGACGUCGAAGUUCAAACCAAAAAAGCUGAAGCAGAAAUGGCUUUUGAACUUCAAGCAGCAAAAACCAAACAGAGGAUUAUGGAGGAGCAAAUGCAAGUGAAGGUUGUAGAACGUAGUCAGGAGAUCGCCGUACAGGAACAGGAAAUGAUGAGACGCGAGAGGGAAUUGGACGCCACUAUACGUCGUCCUGCCGAUGCGGAAAAAUAUAGAUUAGAAAAAAUGGCUGAAGCAAAUAAAUUGCGUCUUGUUAUGGAGGCUGAAGCUGAAGCUGAGGCUAUCAAAAUUCGCGGUGAAGCGGAAGCUUUUGCCAUCGAAGCGAAAGCUAAGGCAGAAGCAGAACAAAUGGCGAAGAAAGCCGCCGCAUGGAACGAGUACAAGAGUGCAGCUAUGAUAGAUAUGAUGCUCGAUACACUUCCAAAGGUUGCUGCCGAAGUAGCAGCCCCUCUUUCUCAAGCGAAAAAGAUAACUAUGGUCUCGAGUGGUAAUGGCACUAUUGGUGCCGAAAAAUUAACCGAAGAAGUUUUCAAUAUUGUACAACGUGUUCCAGAUCUUGUUAAGAAUUUAACAGGCGUGGACAUUGCAAAGUCUGUUCAUGCUGCGUAAACGUGCAAUGUCAAGAGCAUUCGAAUUCCAUCAUUGAUCCAUGAUGUCUCAUUCUUCAAUGUGUAUAUUUAUAAAGAGAAAUAUUCAAUGGACUUUUUUUGAUACAUAUAUUUACUUUAAAUUUUGUCAUAUAUACCGAGUAUAAUUUAUAAUAUUAAAAAAGUAUAUAUUAAUAUAUUUUUAGUAUAUUAUAAUGAUGAAAGAUUCCACACACUUUUGCUGUGUCAUUUAUGUGAAACGCACGUACUAAUAAUUUUUGAUUGACAUAUUACUUCCAAUUUCAGAAAAUAGCAGUAAUUAAUACAAAUUUAAAUAAGCGAUUUAAUUUAACUACAGUUUUAAGAGCAUAUUCGCGAAAACAAGAAAUUUCAUUAAUCAUUCAUUCCAAGCUUUUAUUCAUCUUGACAGUGAAAGUGUGAUAUGACAUUAAUACAUCGUAUCAUUGAUAUUACUUAUGUAUAUAUAUAUAUAUAUAUAUAUUAAUCGUUCUUCAAUGAACACGUUUUACUAACUGUUUAAAAUAUUUGAUCAAUUUAACGCAUAUUUGUUAAUUAAAAAAAUUGUGUGUACGUUCUACCGAAUCUCUUAAGAACCAAUCGUAAUGGUUCAUGUUUAUCUAUGUAUAAUUCUAUGCCAAAACGUGCCGAAUGCCAUUCUCCCAAAUAUUCUAUAUAUUAGAGAUGUACUUUUAAAUAUACUAUAAAUUACUAAAUGACUCUCUUUUUAGAGAUGAAAGUAUUUAAUGUUUCUUAAACAUCACUUAUAAUAUUAUUCGAAUACGCGAGAAAAGAUCUUCUUAGUUUUUGAAAUAAAUUUAUAUGUAACUUUGCGCGAGCAUUCUAUUUUCUGUAUUCGCAAGAUGUAUGUGAAAAAAUGAACAGUAAUAUAUUUUAUCGUGUUUAUAAAUGCAAUAUAAAAGUCGCAGAGAUUUAAUCAUUUAUAUGAAUUAUAUAAUGUAGCCUUUCAAUAAGCUUCGAAUUACAUAUAUUUAUAUGACCAAUAUAUAAAGCUUUAUAAACCAAAAUAAAUAUGUAUGCAAUUUUAUGUAAAACAAUAACGCAAGUAAAUGUUACAAGCGCA